AUGAUGUUGUUAUGCCAGAACCAGAGCGUUUCGACAAGUGGCAGUUUCGACAUUUUACAGCCAGUCGUCAAUGCUCUCCCCCAGCGCAGAGGUCGUCUGCUAGACUGCAUGACCCUGUCAUUGGCUUCUUGGCUCUGCUGUGUCUUCUGGCACCACUUUGGCGCUCAGAUAAACCACGGCGCCGCCCAUAGCUGCCAUGAGGCUCUACUGUCUCAUGUUUGCUGCAAUGGAUAUUGCGAUGUUAGUUCGGAUUUGAAUAUCGUCUCGGGUCAAGAAAUCCGUUUUGUUCGAGUUUACGACCCCAACACUGUUGCUGCUUUUCUCCUAGUCCACAGCGUAUCCCUGUUCCGCCGUGGGAUGCACCAAGCACCCAAGUGUCAGGUCAUGUCAUAUCAGGUCACACUUCAGCUACCCGCACCAGCGUCAUCCUCUGACAAACGCUUCUAA